UAGGGCGGGCUGCUAAUGCGGAGGUGGGAUGUUAGCUCGCGUCCAUCUUCGGCUAAAUUACACUGAGCGAGCUUGUCGAAAAGAAAGUACAUUUGGAAGUAAAGAAGACACUGGACUAAGUCUAGCCGUGGUUGAAAAAAGGAAAACGAAAGCCCAUAUCGUAGCUCACGCGGUGACAGACGGAAUGUGGACAUCGUCGUAGUCAGACCAUGGCUGACAAGAGGAAACUACAAGGGGAGAUUGACCGAUGUUUGAAAAAAGUAGCUGAAGGCGUGGAGCAGUUUGAAGACAUCUGGCAAAAGCUUCACAAUGCGGCCAACGCAAACCAGAAGGAAAAAUACGAGGCUGACCUCAAGAAAGAGAUUAAAAAACUACAGCGAUUAAGAGAUCAGAUAAAAACAUGGGUAGCCUCCAACGAGAUCAAAGACAAACGGCAGCUAGUGGAGAACCGUAAGCUUAUCGAGACGCAAAUGGAGCGCUUCAAAGUGGUGGAGCGGGAAACAAAAACCAAAGCCUACUCCAAGGAAGGCUUGGGGCUGGCUCAAAAAGUCGAUCCGGCUCAGCGGGAAAAGGAGGAGACGGGCCAAUGGCUGACGAAUACCAUAGACACUUUAAAUAUGCAGGUGGAUCAGUUUGAAAGUGAGGUGGAGUCGCUUUCCGUUCAAACGCGAAAGAAGAAGGGCGAUAAAGAGAAGCAGGAUCGAAUCGACGAGCUCAAGCGACUGAUCGAGAGACAUCGGUUCCACAUCCGCAUGUUGGAGACCAUCUUGCGCAUGCUGGACAACGACUCGGUGCCGGUGGACGCCAUUCAGAAGAUCAAAGACGACGUGGAGUACUACAUCGACUCUUCUCAAGACCCUGACUUCGAAGAGAACGAGUUUCUGUAUGACGACUUGGAUCUGGAAGACAUACCGUUAGUGGCCACCUCUCCGUCGGGCCAGGGCAACUUGGAGGAUGAAAUGUAUCUCCACUCCAGCAGCACUCCCACUUCAACCACCUCCUCCUCGCCCAUACCUCCAUCGCCCGCCACGUGCGCUGCAGACAACUCCGAGGACGAUAAGAAAAGGGGACGGUCGACAGACAGUGAAGUUAGCCAGUCGCCCGUUAAAAACGGCACACCCUCUCUGCUCUCCUCUUUCUCCUCCUCCUCCACCUCCGGCUCCUCCUCCUCCUCCUCAUCGCUGGUGUCCAUGGCGAGCGUGGUGGGAGGCGUGCCUGUGGUGCCGGCGAGCGGUGGCCUAAUCGGGAGCUUCAGCAGUGCCGUGCAGCAGCAUCAGCAUUCGCCCGCAGCGCAGCAGCAAGUGCAGCAGCAGCACCAAGCUCCGCCACAGAACCACUCGCAGCAGCAACCCCCCCUCUGCAAACCCUCAGCACCCUCAAACAGCGCCCCCAGUCCGCCCAGCAACCUGUUACUCCCGGCAUCCAGCGCCCCGUCUCUGCCCGCGCCCACCACGCCCAUUUCUUCAGCUGCCAAUUCACUGUCUCAACCCACGUCUGCGUCCAGCAGUCUGGGACUCGGGCUAUGCUUGAGCUUAGGCAAAGGUGGCCUCACGGGGACCAGCAGUGCCAACCAGGCGGGUUUAGGACUGGGCGGCCACACCACUACACUGAGCUCCAUGGCGGGGCUCAUUUCGGGGUCCACGGCCACCCCUUACGCACAAGCGGCGGCAUCGAGCAGCUUGAGUAUGAGCAGCAGCACGCCGUGCAGCCUUUCGGCAGAGAGCAGCGCCUCCGUCAGCUCGUCCGGCUCCAGUGGAGUCACCAGCAACGGGGCGGCGACAGGACUCUGCCUGCUGGGCUCCAGCCCGGCCCACGGCUCGCUGAGCGGGAGUAUUCUGAGUUUGGUUUCCGGACAAAAUGCUUCCCCCGCCACAUCUCAGGGGCCCCAGAGUUCCGUCUGCGCUUCUUCCAGCGUGGUCGGCAUGAUGGGAGGCGGUGUCGGGAUGGUCGGCGGCGUGAGCGCCGCGCCUCCCAGGCCUCCUAGUGGACUCAAGCAAAAUGGAAGCACAAGUUACAGCGCUGUGGUGGCGGAAAGCUCCGCAGAAUCAGCUCUCAGCACGCCAAGCCAGUCUCAGAGCAGCCAGCCCUCGUCUCUCAGCUCCUCCACCAGUCAGCCGUUAGACAACGGCCCCACUUUAAUCAGCUCCAUCACUUUACCCCCCAGCUCCCCGUCACCUUCCUUCUCCGACAGCACGCCUGGCGGGGGGAACCUCCUCAACGGGCCCCACUCCUACACGCAGGCCUCAGAAGGCCUCAAGGCUCCAGAACCCCUCAUUUCCUUGAAGGCAAUGGCAGAGCGGGCGGCGCUGGGCUCAGGCCUGGAUGGAGAGAUUCCCAACCUGCACCUAACAGAGCGAGACAUCUUCUCGUCGUCGACGGCGCCCGGCACCCCCGCCGCCCCGCAGCCGUCCGUGUCGGAGGUCAACAUCCCGCCCUCGUUGGGCGUCUGCCCGCUGGGCCCCACCCCCCUCCCCAAAGACCAGCUGUACCAGCAGGCCAUGCAGGAGUCGGCGUGGACGCACAUGCCGCACCCGUCGGACUCGGAGCGGAUCCGGCAAUACCUGAUGAGGAACCCCUGCCCCACCUUGCCCUUCCACCAUCAGAUGCCUCCUCACCAUUCAGACUCCAUCGAGUUCUACCAGCGACUCUCCACUGAAACGCUCUUCUUCAUCUUCUACUACCUGGAGGGCACCAAGGCUCAGUAUUUGUCUGCCAAGGCGCUGAAGAAGCAAUCAUGGAGGUUUCACACCAAGUACAUGAUGUGGUUCCAGAGGCACGAGGAACCCAAAACCAUCACUGAUGAGUUUGAGCAGGGCACUUACAUUUACUUUGACUAUGAGAAAUGGGGCCAGAGGAAGAAGGAGGGCUUCACCUUCGAGUACAGGUACCUGGAAGACCGAGACCUGCAGUGACGCCCCCGACACGGAGAGACAAAAGAAAAAGUACUGCUGUCCACAUUCCCAGACUGAAGUCCAAAAGUGUGGCUAGAGAUUGUGAUGUGUAGUAGAAAGGUGUCCCUCAACAUGGAGGCCGGUGUGUGUACAGGCUGGCGUCUCACAUCCCAGCAGAACGCCCUGUGGACUCACCCGCUCGCAGGUGUGCCCCGUCCGGAGCCGUGCAUGUUUCACCUUUUCUUUUCUCUUUUCUCUUUCCUUCUCCGGAGCCCGGGAAGUCUUGCUCUUGUAUUUCCUGUCAGCUGCUGCUCCACCACGGGGACCUUUCUCUCCAGACCCUGUGAUGCCUGUUGAACAUAGCCAGCGCUUAUCAAAGUUUGAUAUUUGUCGGAGGGUGAGCGCAGGGCCUCUCCCUGUGCCAGGGACAGCGUCCGUAUUGGACUUGGAUUAAAUUGCUAUGCAAUUGAA